AUGGAGUAUUCAGAAAAAUCAGAAAGAUCUAAUAACAUCUCUUUACGUAUUCCAUUGGCCAUUAAAGAAGAAAUAUUUGAUGAGGAUAUACCUGACAGAAGUAUCUCUUAUCACACUAUUCAACUCAUCACACCUAUCAAUUCUCAAAAGGAAUUUGCUCAAAGGGAUCUGAAACAUGUUUUUUCUGUAAUAAACCUGAUCUAUUAUUUGAACUUGAUGGAGCUAAUCUCGAAUUAG